CGUAGUUUCACCGACAGGUACAGCACGGAAGAAAGUUGGCUCCAACUCGAGAAGCAAUCGCAGUUUUUCUGACGACAAUUGGUUCGACGCCCUGACGCUCGCAAGUAUGGCUGACAGUGGACCUGCCAACGUCCCCACGCCGGGAUUCUUUCACCUCGACUUGUUCAUCAAAGACACGAAGGAUAUUUCUCAGUGGUACGACGAGCUAAAGACGAGGCUGGACCGAGAGACGGGGCCCAUGGCAAGUGGCAUGACCAACCUGCUAAGCGUCUUUGCGUUCUACAAACCACGCGGUAAAGGGGAAGCCCGAAAACUUUUGGAGGACCUCACUGCAAAGGACGAGACCAAUCUCAACGCUAUCGCCAACAAACAGUUUAUGUACGGCCAACUGAUGAGAGCCAAGGAUGAGAUGACGUGUAGGGAUCGACUGCAGGAACUGUUGUCAGACGACUCGGAUUAUGCCAAGGCAAGAAACGCCCGCUGUUUUGCAGAACAAGCUUAUGCCAUUGCAUUUGAAGUAAUAGAUCAGAGCAAGGAUAUGGUUUCAAAGAUAAAAGAAGCCAUCGGCCUAUUCCAACGAGCCUUACGUUUGGCAUGCGAUACCGAGGCAGUGACCGUGGAAGAAAGUCUUGUUUGGAAAUUCUACUUGAGCAAAUGUCACUGGCGCCUCGAUCAGGUCAAAUGGCAUGACCAGAAGACGACACCACCCGACAGGUUGGACGAUUUACUUGAAGCACAAAGGCUUUUGAUCGAGGUAACCCAGUUGGAUCCAAGCUGGACACACGGUGGAUUUUACAUCGCACGGGCAUGGGCUCUACUGGGAGGCGUAGAAAGUAAGUGCAGAAGAAUUUGCAGAAGAACUUGCGAAAUGUACGAAACUCCUGACUAUCUCACCAAAGAAAUACCUCGCCCAACAACAAGCCACAUCGCGAUUGGGCCAUGGCCAGAGGUCGGUUGCUACGAAAAAUCACUGGAAAUCAAUCCAAAUGACAGCGAAGCCUACAGAAGGUUUGGACAAAGCUACAUCCGUAGCAAAGAUUACGAAAACGCCCUAUGUAUGCUGAACAAGUCGAUUGAUAUAAUGCCUGACGCCAUAAGUAAUUGGUUUGCGUACCACGCCAGGUCCUCUGCGAAUUUUGGCAUGUACAAUCAACAGGCAAAGCAUGCACAAAGAGGAGGAGAAAUCCCUUCCAAACACUUGCUACAAAAGGCCAAAGAAGACGCCAUGACCUCCUGUGAGGGUGCCAUAACACCGUUCAACGUCUACCACCUAGGAAAAGUGUGUCACAGGCUUGCGAUUCACCCGGUAACAGACAAGGUAGAGGACCGAGGUGAGUUGGAAGAUGCCCUGGACAACUUCGCCCAAGCACUUCAGCUAGAGGACGGUUACACCAACCCCAAAAUACAUGCGGCCAGGGGGAGGAGCCUAGAAGCUGCUGAAGAGUACGAAAAGGCAGCAGAGUCGUACAAGCGUGCGGUGGAACACGAAAACGCCUUCUAUUUCUGGAACUUCGCUGGUGUGCUGACAAACCUACUGAAGCUUCACAGAGCAGUAGACGGCGACGUGGACAGAACUAAACACUACAUCGCAGAACUAGCCUUCUGGAUCAACGAGGGCUACAAAAAGUACCGUGACAUCACAUCGGCCCUUCGCUAUUGCGUAUUCAAUUUCGGGUAUCAGAUGAUGCAGGUAUGCAGGUACCUCGUCGAUCACGACAGCUUCCAGCUCUCCAGGAUUUGCCUGAAGUGUUUUCGAGACCACAACAGCAGAACAUUUCGCACAGAAGCAGAGUCGAUGUUGUCAGAAAUACAUGGUAAGACAGCGUGUGGUGAGAUGGUGACACCUUCAGCACAGUACAGGCCACCAGAAGCACGCGCGAAGCUACCAGUGGCAGUGGACAAGCCGCGCCACUCGCAGGAUUUCCAGUACGACUUUUUCGUGUCACACAGCAGCAAGGACGAGGACUGGGUGAACUACGCACUUCUACCGGCGUUGGAGGUGGACCUGCGAUUCAAAGGUUGCAUAGCUGACCGAGACUUCAUAGCGGGGAAAGACGUGUUCGCAAACAUCAUCGACAGCAUCGAGAACAGCUUCAAGACCCUGUUGAUCCUGACUCCGGACUUCGUGAACAGUGAGUGGUGCUUGUACGAGACAAAGCACGCCCUGAUGGAGAGUCUGAAGGGGAAGACCGGUCGCGUCAUCCCCAUCAUGCUGAAGGAGUGUGACGUGCCGGCUUCCGUGCGAACCAUCACUUACCUGGACGUGUCGCACGAUGCGAUCGGGUCCUACGAUUGGCGUAGACUGAAGGAAGCUCUAGAGGCGACGCCUCCAAAUUCAGCGUAAGGAAAUAAUCUUUUUAUAUAUAUUAUAUUACAAGACCGUUUCCAUACUUCCAAUCCCUGGCUAAUAUUAGAAAAAGAAUCAUAUCAUCUUUCUUAUACGGUUUGAUCAUCCUGUAAUUAAACAAAUUAUAUUCUUAACAUUACAAAGAAACGAGAAGCCGAACAUCUGUAUUAGAGUAGUUUUAGAGCUGAUGUAGUUAGAUUAGUAUCAGUAUCAAAUAAACUACCGAGUGAGCGAAGCGACAACCAGGCGUUAUGCUACCGUAAACAUUGUGGGAAAGGCGUUGUCACCGUAAACGUUAUUGUCAUAGAGCCAAUUCAAACUGACACAUUUUUAUAAAGGCAAGGAAGACAUGUACACUAGCCUUAAAACAGACCAAUUUACUUAAAAAAAUGUAAAUUGAAUCGCAAAUAAUACAAAUCUGUAUCCUCACAAAUGGCAUACAAUAGAAACAAUCCUCCUUUGGCAAAGGUAAAUACAAUGUGCAUAAUUCAAAGAGAUACUACGUAUACAUACAAAGAAUGCAUUGCAAAAAUUGAACAUCAGUAGCAGUAGUGAAUAUGAGAAUCUUUGUUCAAAGAAUUUUACAUGAAACAAGACUGAGUGUUAAAUCAUGAUUAAAUGUGUACGUAAUGCAACAACUUCACAAUAUAGUGUCGUGAAAGCAAUGCUCUGUCCAAGACAUAGUUUUGCUGCCGAUGAAAUAAAAGAAUUUCCGUCAUUUAGUCCUUGACGUCCAAAACCAAAACUUCAUGACAUUUUUAAUAACACAGUGCAACCAAAACUGCCACAAAAUUAUAAUGACAUUAAAAAUUUGUCCCUCAAUAGGAGUGAAAUAGAAAUAGUGCUUCAGGGGGGUAGAAUUUGUUGCAGGAGUGCCCAGCAUCUUGAAUACUCAACAUGCUCCAAGCUUUCCAGUAUUGUCAUUGGUCAAAAAUUUCAAAUGUAACAUACCAGUAGUCAUUGAAGCACAAUGAAUGUACAAAUGGCACUGUUAGCAUGUGCAUUGUAAACAAUACGAAUAUGGCACCAAAAGACCUCAGAAGGUAGAUUGCUACUACCAUGUAAAACAACUGUUUUGGAAUGUGGUAUGGGUUUUAGAGACAAAAAAAUGACCACAAAUUCAUGCUAAAGGGACAAAAA